AUGAGUCUGUGCACAUGUCACACAGCUCCGUGUUCUACUCGUCGAUUGCUCCCCAGUCGUAAAAGGCGCAGUGUACGUCGCAAAUCCGGCUCAGCUGGGAUCCGUUCAAAGAAACAGCAGUCUAUAGACGCCUAUCUAAUUCGAUCCAGCUCACAGACACACGCGAAGGUGGGCAUAUUCGACGAGAACCUGAUUCACGGAUUGCGGAAGUAUCCGGUAAGUUCCGGUUUUUCUGAAUUACCCCACAACCACGGAUUGCACUGA